AUGACGGAAGAAAUAAGGUUGAACUCCUCAAAGUUGGGGACUCAGGAGUACUGGAACGAGUUUUACAAGAGAGAAAUCAACAAUUUCCAAGAAAAUGAAGAAGACACCGGCGAAUGCUGGUUCGACGACUCGGAUGCCGAGAACAAAAUGAUCCAGUUUAUCUUGGACAAGCUCAACGAGGAUGAGUUCCCUUUCACCCACGAAGAAAUCAAGUUCUUGGACUUAGGAACGGGAAAUGGACACUUAUUGUUCCAAUUGCACGAGGAUCUCGAAGAGGAAUACGAGGGACAGAGGGAAUUGAAGUUUGGCUUCACGGGGGUGGAUUACUCGCCUGACUCAGUGGAGUUUUCUCGGGAAAUUGCUGCUAAAAAGUAUCCCGAAUCCUCGUUUUCCUUCGACCAGGUGGACUUAUUGGCCAAGCACAACAACACAUUUUUACUCGACCACAAACAACAGUUUGACAUCUUGUUGGACAAGGGUACCCUCGAUGCUAUAGCAUUGAACCAGGACCCUUUGCCAGAUUUCGAGGGAAAAAUUGGUAUGGAUGCUUACGCUGACCAGGUGUCGCAAUUGAUGCAUUCCAACUCCAUCUUAUUGAUAACGUCAUGCAAUUUCACAGAAGAAGAGUUGAUCCAAAUUAUCACCUCCAACAAGUCCAACUCGUUAAGUGUGUGGGGAAAGAUCAACUAUCCUAGUUUCCAAUUUGGAGGGGCCAAGGGGUCGACCAUUUGCAGUAUCGCAUUUAUCAAGAACUAG